CCUUCGUAUCUCCGCACUGGUUGCGGAGAACCAUCCACCAUGAUGCAAGAUCAUUCUGUCUAUAAAAUGCUGCUCAUGCCAGAACCCGGUCCGCCUGGCCCGGCCAAAUCCAGGUUCCUGCUAUCCACCACUAACCUAUACCCGCCAUAACCAUGCACCUCCAAGCAACCCAACAACGCUUUAUCGCCAGCGUGGAAGAUGCUCUCCGGAAGCAUGCCCUCGAGCUCCAAGACAUUAACAAGAAGAUCUGGGCCACGCCCGAACUAGGCUACGCCGAACACCAAGCUCAUGACAACAUCUGCGCUCUCUUCGACACCCUCCAAUCCACCAACCCCGGCUACCACAUCCAACGUUCUGCCUAUGGCCUCCCAACUGCCUUUGAAGUCACCUACACCCAUGGCACAGGUGGACGCACCGUUGUCUUCAACGCCGAAUACGAUGCCCUUCCAGGCAUCGGCCACGCCUGCGGCCACAACCUCAUUGCCACAAGCUCCAUCGCCGCAUUCAUUGCCACCUGCGAAGCGCUAAAAGCCCAACCUCCACACCAUGGCUACACCGUCCGACUACUUGGCACACCGGCAGAGGAAUCUGGGGGUGGGAAAGUGCGUCUUCUCGAGAAUGGCGCUUACAAGGACGUCGACGCCUGUUUGAUGGUGCAUCCUGUUCCGAUGGCACCCGGACAUCCCGAGCUGCUAAGCAUUGCGACUACCCUACCUGGAGGUUUUCUGGCAAAUGAUAAAGUCACGGUGACAUUUACGGGGAAGCCAGCGCAUGCAGCGGCAGCACCAUGGGAGGGGGUGAAUGCCUUGGAUGCAGUCGUGUCAGCGUAUGUGAACAUCUCGCUAUUACGACAGCAGAUUUUGCCAACGCAGCGGAUUCACGGAGUCAUUGUGAACGGCGGGGAUAGACCAAAUGUGAUUCCGAUGUCGGCUACAGUGGAUUACUAUAUCCGAUCACCGACGAAGAAGAGCUUGAAGUCAUUGACGAAAAAGGUAGUGAAGUGUUUCGAGGCAGCCGCAACAGCAACUGGAUGUGGUGUACAAUUUGAGUGGGGUAUCUCCUACGACGACCUCAAAACCAACACCCCCAUUUGCGAAAGCUAUGUCUCCGUCAUGCGCGCAAUGGGCCACCAUACUCUGCUGAACAAUGCCGGACAAGCUAGCAAGCUCACCGGAGCAUCUACAGACAUGGGAAACGUCUCCUACGCCGUCCCCGGCUUCCACGGCCUCUUCACCAUCCCAGCCGAAGGAGUCAACCAUACCCCCCUCUUCACAAACGGAGCGGGAUCGCCCGAGGCACAUCAACGCAGUCUAGCCUGCGCGGCGGGGAUGGCCGUCGUGGCGUGUCAGAUCCUAGUUGACGACGAAUUCGCGAAGAAAGUCAAAGCGGAUUUCGAGACGGAGGCGGAUGAAUAGUACUUAACAUCUACUAUCCUCUCCAACUUUGGCCAUACAUGAUUAAAUAAAACCCAGAGCUCUCAUCGAUAGACAUACAAUACCAUACUUAAAUCUAAAUGGGUAAACAGUCCCAUCACAAGCCUUCUCAUUCCCCUUCCUACAUCAGCAGGUAAAUCAGGCCGCCGAGUGAGCAGAAAGAGACCUACAAAGUCCUCAGCUGAAGACACGGAGGACACUGAGACCAGUACCUAAUGUCGUGACCGUCGUCGAUGUGAUGCGGAUGAUAAAAUGCUGGACGCUGAUACCCAAGUACUCUUCCAGUAAGUA